UCUACAAACUCACAAAGAAGAGUACAGCACUGAGGAAGCCAUACCCCUGCUCUGAGUGUGGGAAGACUUUCACUACAUCUGGCAAUCUUAAAAGACACCAGAGAGUACACGCUAGAGAGAAGCCAUACCCCUGCUCUGAGUGUGGGAAGACUUUCACUACAUCUGUCCAUCUUCAAAGUCACCAGAGAGUACACACUGGAGAGAAGCUGUAUCCCUGCUUUGAGUGUGGGAAGACUUUCACUACAUCUGGCAAUCUUCAAACUCACCAGAGAGUACAUACUGGAGAGAAGCCAUAUCCCUGCUCCGAAUGUGGAAAGUGUUUUUCCCAGUCUAGCCAACUUAAAAUCCACCAGCGACGACACCACACUGGAGAGAAGCCAUAUCCCUGCUCCGAAUGUGGAAAGUGUUUUGCCCAGUCUAGCGACCUUAAACCUCACCAGCGACGACACCACACUGGAGAAAAGCCAUAUCCCUGCUCUGAAUGUGGAAAGAGUUUUACCACGUCCAGCGAACUUAAAACCCACCAGCAACGACACCACACUGGAGAGAAGCCAUAUCCCUGCUCCAAAUGUGGAAAGUGUUUUACCCGGUCUAGUCAACUUAAAAUUCACCAGCAACGUCAUAAUGGUGAGAAGCCAUACCCCUGCUCUGAGUGUGGGAAGACUUUCACUACAUCUUGCAAUCUUAAAAGACACCAGAGAGUACAUACUGGAGAGAAACCAUAUCCCUGCUCUGAGUGUGGGAAGACUUUCACUACAUCUGGCAAUCUUCAAAGUCACCAGAGAGUACACACUGGAGAGAAGCCGUAUCCCUGCUCUGAGUGUGGGAAGACUUUCACUACAUCUGGCAGUCUUCAAACUCACCAGAGAGUACAUACUGGAGAGAAGCCAUAUCCCUGCUCCGAAUGUGGAAAGUGUUUUUCCCAGUCUAGCGAACUUAAAAUCCACCAGCGACGACACCACACUGGAGAGAAGCCAUAUCCCUGCUCCGAAUGUGGAAAGUGUUUUUCCCAGUCUAGCGAACUUAAACCUCACCAGCGACGACACCACACUGGAGAAAAGCCAUAUCCCUGCUCUGAAUGUGGAAAGUGUUUUACCAUGUCCAGCGAACUUAAAACCCACCAGCGACGACACCACACUGGAGAGAAGCCAUAUCCCUGCUCCAAAUGUGGAAAGUGUUUUACCCGGUCUAGUCAACUUAAAAUUCACCAGCAACGUCAUAAUGUUCCAGGAGCCCCUGUCCGACCAUCUCCUUCGGCAGAGUCUCCUGUUCCUCCCAAGGACCCCUCAACACUGCAAGUACCAUUGAAGGUUCUGAUACUACAGCUGGUGGACUGCCGCCAUGUACUGGGACGGAAUAGCACAUUGACACUACUGGGAAGAAAAGAACCGAGGCCGUAGUGAUGACCAUCCAUUAGCAUCAAAUAUGUAUCCCAAGUCCCCUUCAAGGAAAGAUGAAGCUUAAAAAACGAGAAAAACUACAGAGGGGAAAUAUGCACAAAUUGAAAUAUGCACACACAUUAAGGGGAUUGGUGAACUUUAUCUCUGCAGUUUUAGUUUCUAUCUUAUGCAUUUCAUGUAUUCUAUUUUUUAACACUUUAUGCACUCUAUCACAGUUUUACGUUUGUUUUAUGUGAAUCACUGUGCAUAUAAUGUCUUUGUGUACUUAAUUUCUUUGGUGUUAAGAACUUUGAGCUGCAUUUUUUUGUACGAUAGGUGCUAUACAAAUAAAGUUUUGUAUUAUUAUUAUUA